GUCCCUGUUUUAGUCAGCGUUUGUCGGUUAUUGUUUGAGUUCUUCAACAUAUGUCUCAUCAUGGUGUUCAUGCCUUGUCUGCCUUGGAGUUUAUGUUAUUCCCUUGUCUAGAUUUAUGGUUUGUCUGCUUGGAUUAUUCACUUCCUUGCCUGGAUUCAUGUCUUGCCUAUGUGUGGAUUACUUCGUCUUGUCUGGAACCAAGUUUGUAUCAUUGUGACUGUUUUCUUGAGGAAUCAACUGUUUGCAUUUAGAUCCUCAUCUCUCUUUAUUUGAGACAACGCUGCAGACGUUACAUCAGUGUUAUUUAUUUCACUUGUCAGUGCUCAUAAUGUUAUGCCUGAUCUGUGUACAUUGUCUGAUGAAUAACAUAAAUGGCAUUCAAAUCUGAGAAGGCCCAUAGUAGUUUGCAUCGCUGGAUCAUCAUUCAUCUGUCUUUUAACGUUUUUAUCAUAAACAGUUGGCAAAUAUUGCUGUAUUGCCUCGUCAUGUUCUUCUGCUCUCAUCUAACCUCAGAUUCUUCAAGCUGUGAGUAGGCGGGGCUAAAGCUCCAAAUGGGCGGCACAUUCCUCUAGAAGCCUCUGAUUGGUUAAUUUAUCACAGUGAUAGAAAGAUGAAGACAGCAAGAUGUAGCAAGUAGUGCUGUAGUACUCGCCUUCUCUCUCUCACUCGUCUCAUUCGCUCCGGUUCCCGCAGGUUUCACGCUCACACCAAAAGCGAGCGCACCACUGAUCUAUAUUAGUGGAGCGAACAAGCCACGCUCAGUCUCAAACAGAGACAGAAGUCAAACAGAGUCACAACAGUACCAAAAUGAGUGACUUACUGCGAUUAAAAUACAUACAAAAUUAUGUCAAAAUGCCCAUCUUGGCGAUUAUUCAGAUAAACACAGUCAGUUUUGGAUCGUUAAAUAGCUAAGAAAGAGAACGCAUGUUGUGUAACAGUAUUGGGUCCGUUCAUAAACUCUUAAAGGGACAGCAGUCCAAUAUUCCUGCUGCUGUCUGUCAUGUUAUUUAAAGAACAAAAGACAAAGAAAAUCACUUUCUGCUCUUGACUGAAUACGUCUUAUAACUUUAAUGGUAAGAAUAAAUUUGUAUUUAAUAUUUACAAUAAAGAAUACAGAAAUUAAGUUAACCAAUGUAAAAUAACACUGGAUGUGUUAUUUUACAUUUGAUUACUUUCAUUUCUGUAGUAUUUCUUACCUGAAUAAAAACCUACUUAACCUGAAAAAUUUAGUUUUAUAGCUCUCUAUUUUAUUGCAUUUAUUUGUGCUGUUGUUUGCAAUUUUUUUUAUUUGUUCUUAUUUUAUUACUGAGUUUUACUCUUUUUUUUUUUUAUGAAAAUAAAACUUUGCGUUGAAGAAAAGUAGAUUUUUGUUUGUAUAUGCUGUCAAUUAAAGUUCUUAGAAAGAAAAUUGGAAUCGGCAAAAAUAGGUAUUGGCAGAUCACACUAUCAAAAAAUCGGAAAUCGGCCAACAAAAUUGCAAUCGGCGCAUCUCUAGUUCCAACGAAAGCCACAGCAGAACUGCGACUCAUAUUGAUGUUUUGUGAACAAAUCUGUGGCUGUGAAAAAACCAUGAGAGUCAAUGAUGCAAUUACCCUUUCAAAAAUACUGCCACUUGCUUCGUUACUGAAUGAAUGACUCACUCAUUAAGACAGUGACAAAAAAAAGCACUUUAAUGCACAAUCAGUUUAAGGGGGAAAAUAUUGUCCCUUAAUGGAAAAGGUGUGACUGCAGCAGUGUAAGUGGAAGAGCAUGCAGACGAAUGUUAAAUACCUGAGGGGGUAUGCGACUGUAAAAUGUUUGGGAACCACAGCCGAAGUGAAUUUAAAAACAAGCAGGCAGCUAAUAUGCACACUUAAUUAUUAGUUUAUUUAUCGCAAGUCAUCGUCAUUGCAAAAACCCCACUGGUUUAUUGUUUUAGUUACUUUGUACGCCUACAACGGAUUCUUUAGGACAAGUAAUGAGUUAAAGAAUGGGAACAUGUCAUUUUUUUUUUUAUUUAGUGACACCUGUACUGCUUGUUAUUUUUUUACAUUUUUCCUUUGGUAUAGCCCAAAAUGUGAUUGUUGCAAUAUAAUAAAAAAGUCUGAAAAUGUGAAGUUGCACUUCAGCUGUUUGUGACUUUAGUGAAAUUGCUAAACCUAAAGUAAAUAAAAUGGCCUUAUUUGAUCCUACAGUGUUGCUACUCUGCACAUGCUUUUUGAUAAUUACAAAUAAUAAUGCAAAAUGAUUAUCUUAGAAUAGAAGAUAUGCUGUCUCUCGCAUCACAUAAAUGAUCAAUGGUUAUGUACGUGGUCUUGAAGAGGAUUCUUUUUUUUCUGUCUCUGUCUUGACUGUCUCAUUUGGACUCGGACUUGACUUGGACUCGACUUGACUACAGCCCUAGUAGCAAGACUAAACAGGAAACGUAAUGUCACUACUUUACAUCGUAGAUUAGAUGUCAUUUAUUACAACUUUGUAGUCAUUAUAGUGUUUUAUAAAUGCCAUAAAUGUGAAAGCUGAAUUCACUGUUUAAACAUCAUCUACAAAUGUCGUCGUCUACAUGUCAAUCAGUGAACACUGGCAGAAAAGACAGAGAAAGAAAUUAAAGAGAAAGAGGUUUAAGAGAGAAAGAGGUUAAAAUAUCACUGAAAUCAAAUGAAAGAAUCUUUUACUCUAGUGACGUCACAUCAGGAGGGAGCGACGGCACUGUGUACAUAGAAAAAAUUAAGAUGUUCUCUGUGUUGCUGAUUUCCAUUAUUAAAGAGCUGAUAUGUUGUUGCUAUAGUCUUUUUUUUUCUUUGCACAUUUUGUUUGUUGGCCAUUAUAUUUUCUUCAUACAGCACUCAUGACACAAUGAAGAGAUAUUGUGUUAAUGUAGACACAGAGUGCAUCUUCAAUAUUGUGUUUUGUUGUGCAGAAACAUGCUAUCAGUCACUGACAGUAACAAAGCUGAAAGAACAUGGAAACAAAUGAUAAGUAAAAAUAAAAUGCAAAUUCUGAGGUGGAUUUUUCCUGUGAAGCCGCUAUGGAAAUACAAUAUACGUACAGACUCUCUAGCACAUUCAAAUUAACACACUUCCAAAGAAUUACAGCAACAUAAAACAGAGAAAAGAUGUGGACAUCUUUGAUUUUUUUUUUUUUUAAGAGUGAAAUAAACAAAUGAUGUGAUGUACUGAAUGAGAGCAGAUAUAAUAAUCACUUUGUUUAAAGACGGACAGAAACAUCAGACUCAGGACAGAAACACACGACUUCUAAAAAAUGGACCAAACUCUCUAUUUCAUUCUUCUUCUCAUUGCUCUCUGCUCCGUAUCUGAAUGUGUUCAGCGUCAGUAUCACUUUAUAAACGUGAUGAAGAACUGGACUGAAGCUCAGAGAUACUGCAGAGAGAAUUACACAGAUCUGGCCACCGUUGACAACAUGAACGACAUGAUCGAGCUGAAGAAGAGUGUGAAUGAUGGAGGUGUCUGGAUUGGGCUGCAGAGGACGGGUGUUGAUAAAUGGCAGUGGUCUUCAGGUGAUUCUGCGCUCUAUUUGAACUGGAGACCUGGAGAACCUGAAGGCAGAGAUGAGUGUGCUAUGAUGAGAAAUGGACAAUGGCAUGAUUAUCCAUGCAAUAACAGCCUGACUUUCAUCUGCAUUUCAUCUAACAACACGAACAGAGGACUCGUCUUUAUCAAUCAAACGAAGAAUUGGAGAGAUGCUCAGAGUUACUGCAGACAGAAUCACAUUGAUCUGGUCAGUGUGAGGAACCAGAAUGAGAAUCAACAGCUUCAGAAGUUCAUCAAUGAUAGUCACAUAUCUGGUGAUGUCUGGAUCGGUCUGUUCAGAGACUCAUGGCAGUGGUCAGAUCAGAGUAACUCCUCAUUCAGAUACUGGAAUUCUGGUCAACCUAAUAAUUUGGGAGGUAAUCAAAACUGUGCAAUACUCUAUCCGAACACACAGGAAAAAUGGUAUGACUACUAUUGCAACCACCAAUAUCCUUUUGUGUGUCAUGAAGAUAAACUGAUCCUGAUCAAAGAGAAUCUGACGUGGCCUGAAGCUCUGAGAUACUGCAGACAGAAUCAUAUGGAUUUGGUCUCGGUUCAUUCAGAAGAGAUUCAGCGUCGUGUGAUGAAUGUGGUUAAACAGGCGUCUACUGAGGCGGUGUGGUUGGGUUUACACAACUGCUGCAGCCUGAACAUGUGGAUCUGGGUCAGCGGAGACAUCGUGUACUAUCAGAACUGGGCUCCAUGGAACGGAACGACACCGGAAGAGUGCCGCCUCGAGAAGAGAAAAGGAGCAGUUCAGUCUGGAGGAGAUCAGCGCUGGAUCAGCCUUCCUGAAACUCGCAAACUCAACUUCAUCUGCAGCAGAUAUUAAGAGUGAAUGUUUGUGUGUUUACUUACAUUCACUGCUUUCAUUCUUCAUUAUUUCUCUUAUUUACUUGUAUUUGUUUUAGUAAGUUCUGAGUGAAUCUGCUAACUGCUAAAUUUGAAUCAUCAUGGCAUAAUGUAAUCUUUUUAAAAUGUUUUAACAUUAAUGUUUCAUAUUCAUUCCCCCGGUUUCACAGACAAGGCUUAAGCUAGUCCUUGACUAAAAUGCAUGUUUGAGCUGUUUAACUGAAAGCAACUUGUACUGGCAUAUCUCAAAAUAUGUCAGUGUCAUCGUUUUGACUCAAGAUGAACACCAGUAAUGUUGUUUCUAGUGAACGUUUAUAAAAGCUACUUAAAUGCCCUAAAUAAACUAAGGUCUAAUCCUGGCUUAGGCUAAGCCCUGUCUGUGAAACCAGGCCUUAAGAUGUUAAGUGUGUUUUAUAAAUCUCUUUGUAUAUCUGGUGUGGUUACAUCUCUUUAUGUUUUCACUAACAAUAACUGGUUGAAUGUGAAUCUGUGAGCAGCAGCUCUUCAGAAUAAUAUUGUUUGUGUCUCAGAAUGAAAUCUGGUUUAUUCUUAGAAAAGCUGAAGUGAAGGUUGGGUAUAAAAUAUCUUGUGUUUGAUCAAAACCAUCAGAUAAACAUGUGAAACGGAACAUCAGCUCAAAUAAACUCAUCUACAGUCAGUAUUCUCGCCUCUGAUUAUUUCCUGAUUUUCAAUGUCACAAUGACCGCUCAAAUGACAGAU